GCCCGGACCAGCAGCAGCUGCCGUCUUCCUGCGAGCGCGUUGUCUGAUUCGGAGUAAAACGGAACCGCAUUACGAAACAGACACAGCCUUAUAAGGAUGGACCUGUCCUGUCCCCACCCCAGUAGCCCGGGGGACGCUGCAGAGGCUGGAGGGAGCUCGGAGGCUACGGGGAAGCACACGCUGGUCUCCAAACGGAGGGGACAGCACAGAGAAAUUCUGUGAGAUACUGAGCACUGACGUGGGGAUAGACUCCUGAGCAGAGAAAAUGUCUAACCAGGCAACUCCCCCUGCUGCAUCUGGAUCUCAUAAAGCAGAAUCUGAACUGAGAAUGAUCCUUGUUGGUAAAACUGGAUGUGGGAAAAGUGCAACAGGAAACAUGAUUCUUGGUGCUGAUAAAUUUUGGUCGGAUAUCUCACCCUCUUCAGUUACGCAUCAGUGUGAACAAAAGGAACAGGAUGUUAAUGGGAGAAAAAUUACAGUGGUUGAUACUCCUGGCUUUUUUGACACUAAGAAAAGUAAUGAAGAGAUUUGCAAAGAAAUAAGUGAGUAUGUUGAACGCCUCUCUCCAGGAAUCCAUGCCAUUAUUCAUGUCAUACGGCUGGAUCGCUUCACCCCAGAAGAAAAGCAAGUGGUCAAGGAGAUACAAAAGGUUUUCCAGUUAGAAGCAAAGAACUACACGAUCAUCUUGUUCACCCGAAAAGAAGAUUUAGGGGAGAAAACACUGGAUGAGUUCUUAGCAAAGGGUGAUGAAGAUCUUCAAAAUAUGAUUCAGACUUGUAAAAACCGACGCCUCGCUUUCAACAACGGAGCCAAAGGAAAAGAAAAGUCUGCUCAGGUGUCUGAGUUGCUUGAAAUGAUUGAUGCCAUGGUGCAUGGAAACUAUAAAAAGCCCUAUUACACUGAAGAAAUGUUUCAGAAGGACAAGUCAUUUCUCCAAAGAUUUUGUUCUAUACUCUAAUUGAUUAUGAUCAUCUGAGACAGGGGUUUAUUGUAGUUUUUACCAUUUUAAAAUGAGUUUUGGAACACUUGUUUAAUGUUAAGGCUUUUAUUGGUAUAAAAAUCAUAGAACUGAGAUUAAAAUGAUGUAUUUACACCAUUUCCCUAAAAUGUAUCACUAAUUUCACCUUGGAUAAUAAAACCUGGAAGAAUUUUAAAUCAAA